AUGACCCCUCCUGCCAAGUCCUGCAGCGACAAAGCCAAAGGAUUUCUGAUUCAGCAUUGGACAGUAUCGACACUCAAUGAUCCGCGGUGCAAGACGCAGCCGAAAUAUAUCUGCUCACCGUCUGCACCUGGCAAGUGCAUGACACUGCCGUGGAUCAAGUUUAAGCGCUGGCACCUCUUGGUAGCAAGUUUUCUUGAUGCCACAUUGCAUCGGACAAGGCAUGGCGGUUAA